CACACACAGGCCCAGACACACACAGAGGAUGAAGAUCGUGGGCCAGUUCUUCCAUCCGUUCAAGGCGCCAGUGACGGGGUCAUCGCCAGCAUCGUCAUCGGUCCCUGGCGCAGGGUCCUCGUCCCACCACGUUGAUGAAGAUGGCCAGGCACCGAGCCGCAGGGUGGUGGUGGUUCCGGAGUGUCAGCGCGCAGUUGUGACCGCUGCCCAGGAUAAAGUGGUGGUGAGCGUCAACGGCGACGGGCUCGUGCACACGUAUGACGGUUCCAGCGGGGAGCUGUUGUCUCGGCCCAUUGACGUGCAUGGCCGGGUCGUCACAAUCCAACAUGUCCCACAGCACGACGCCAUCGUUGUCCUCGUCCAACGCGAAGGAUCGUCCACUGUCGUCGUUGUGAGCGCGUGGUAUGACUAUGAUCGCGCAACGCCCAUCACGCUGGACGUUGUGGGUGCCAAGUGCAUUGGCGUGUGCCCCGUCCUCGGCAACAUCGCCAUCUCCAGUGGCAGGAAUGUUCACUUGUAUGCGCUGCACGAGGCCGAGGGCAGUCUCACGCCGUCUCUGCUUGCUGUCAUCUCCACGCCGCUCACCGUUGGCCGUGUUGCCCUCUGCGAGAACUUCCUUGCGUACGCUUCACCUUCGCAGGUGGAGGUGAUCAGCGUUGAUAUCGAGAAAGUGUCUGAUUCGCGCCAGGGAGGGCAGUCAGCGACAUCGUCUACACAGCUGCGAGGCGCCGGCGUGCAUGCGUCGACCACAGAUGCGAUGACACGCGAGGACAACAGCGAAGGGGAGGAUGACGGCAAUGGCGCGAGCAGCCGUGUGCUGGGCCCAAUUGCACACCACCACGAAGUUGGGGUGUCGUUGGAUGCAAAGCAGAUGCGCAACAUGAUGCCGCAGCUCGUUGAGUUUCCCGCACUCACGUCGACUCGCAACCGCGACCCGGCCACGCUCGAGAUCAAACCAGACAGCAACACGCCCCUCAUCUCCGUCCGCACGCUUCACGUUGGCAUUGAGGUGCAGCUUGAGGGACACGAGUGCACGCGUGUGACUGUUCAUCUCCGCUUCAAGACGGAUGAGUUGGACACGCUUGCGCUCAAGCCGUGCUUCCAUAUGGACAAUGACAUCUUGCUCUCCGCUCCAGAGGCGACGUGGAAGGUGCAGCCGUCCGCCUUCAAUCCUCUCUGCGCGUGUCGUCUGGACAACACACUGACCCAGACCAUCAACGGUGUGCACAUGCUGCACACGGGCGCGCACAAGGGCUUCCUGUAUCGUCUGUCACCCUCUCACUCGGCCCUGGUUUCCGAGUACUGCUUUGCUCUCCCCGAAAGCGCUCAGACCUGCUGCUUCAAUUCAACAAGGGUGUUUGCGACGACAACGGGCGCGACAACACGCCUGUACACCUUCACGCUGCGGCUGCAAGAGCUGCACAACGAAGGACUGCAUCCACUUGCCCCGGUGGACGCGAGCUCGUCUGUGCUCUGGCUUGGCUCAACAGACCUCGAUGAACGUCGCAUCUUGCGCGCGUGUCUCUCCGAUGACAUUUUCGCCACUGUGGAGCUGCACGACGACUCGCAUGUGGACGAUUCCUUCUCGAUGGGCGGGUCAUCGCAUUCGCAGCAGCACGUGCCCACCCCCGGUCGAGGAACGAGCGUUGCACUGCAGGUCGUCGCCUAUCAGCCGUUCAGCGCCGUGGAGUUGUGUGACCAGUUGCGGGACUUUGCUUCCACUUUGCCGGCAGGACACCCGAACGUCUGGCUGACGCUGCAAGAAUGCAACCUACUGCUGGCCACGGAGAUGCUGAUGCUUAUGAUUUCGGGCGCGCACAGCGCAGCCAGCUCCUUCCACGACAAAUACACGCACACUCGCGACAGCCUGCGCAACUCAUAUGGCGUGCUCGCAGAAACCAUGAUUGGGAUGAAGGACGUGGAUUGGGUGGAGGCGACCAACAACCUCUUGCUGUCCCACCUCUCUGUUGAGGACUGCGCAUCGCACAUCAACCACCCCGACCUCACCCCCACCGCCGCUGCCCGCUUGCAAGCACAGCUCAUGCUCACCCUCUACAACGCUGGCGCUUUCGUCGACAGGUGCAAUGACGCAUCACGAGGAUUUGAGUUGCUCGGAGACACGCUGGCCAGUCUGGACCAAGAAGACUGGGAGAAUGCUGCGCACAUUGUGCUUGCAAGCACGGAUCUGUGUUCAUGUUUGCGAUCAUCAGAAUCCUUUCAGGCGCGCGUUCUUGCCAGAGAAGACCUGGAGUGUGGGCUGCUGUCGCUCGCGCUCGAUGCUCCGGAGUCGGCCGGUGCUGGCGGUGCUGCCAUCACGCGUGACGGUGUCAGCUACUGGCGCAAUGCUCUUGAUGCCCUGGACGCUGCACACAGCUCGCAGCUCUCAGACAAGGUUGUUGCUGAGCCAGAUCUUGUCAUCGGCUGGUCAUCCUCAGCGCAGAGGUGGACGCCCUGUCCACUUUUUUUCGCGUGCGCAGCGUACAACACGGACGUCCUCUUGGCUGCACUCGGCACGGCCGCGUCGCUCAUGCAAACGCCGCCAGCCGCCAUUGUGGACAUGAUCGAUACGUGGAUUGAGGACACGGCGCUUCGUCUCACCACAACCCUUCAAUUUACGCAACGCCUUGUCACGACUGGUCUGGAGAAACUGCAUCAUGUGGACCGAAGAAGCAUUGUGAUUGCGUUUGUUGUGUCCAAGAUUGCCGCCCUCUCAUCGCCCGUAUCAAACGUCCCUGCGUUCUCGCACGACACGGGCGCGCGCCAUGCGUGGCUGGACCACCUCCCCCCAUAUGCGCCAGGGUAUGCGCCCGGUGUCGGCGGGUCUGCGGCGCUGCUCAACGACCUCAAGCACGUGCAGGCGUUCUGCUGUGAUCACGUUGACGGCGAUAUUGCAGACGCGCUCUGCGCAAAGAUUGAUGCGUGUUCCGAGUUUCCGGGGAAGCUGUCCCUCAAGCUCAUCUGCCUGGCGCGGUCCGCGGAUGUAGAGCGGGGCGGCGAUCUUGUGCUCGCGUGUCAUCCGCGUCUCCUAUCGGACUUUCUUUCCUCCUGCCACCACAACUCCCCACAGGUGAUGGUGGCGCUGCUACACAAGCUGCAAACAAUGAUUGAGACGAGCGAGGAGGCGGUGCCCAAUGGCGCGGGCCGCCGAACCCGUUGUCCACCGCGGCAGGACUACGUCGAAGCGUUCGCUGGCCUCAUCAUGCGCCUCGCAUCCUCACUCGAUGUGGUGGACUUUCUCGAAAUUCUCCCGGAUUCGAUGCGUCUUGACGCCGCGCUGCCGUUCAUCCGUCGCUCGUGCCAGCGCACGUCUGCCGCCUCCCUCAUUGCGACAAUCGUCAACGAGGCAAGCAGCCAACCCACGGAGAAGAAGAGAUGACAUGACUGACAUGACAUGAUGUAUUCAGCCACGACCACACAUUCGGUUCACGUAGGAAUAGUUGUACCGCUUGUUCUGUGCCGUUGAGUUUGUAGGAUCUUUUCAGUUACACCAAGCACCCCACUCCCCACUUCUCUAUCCCUGCCCACUCCCUGUACCCCGCCCUUCUGGUGCAAAACAGCGUAAACAAAAGUGACAGCG